AUGGGGCCCAAAACACUCUGUCUAGGGCUGUUUUGUGUUCUCCUUGCCUCUCAUAAUUAUAUAACCUUACCUGGCAACAUUGAAGAACUCUGGAAAGUGAUAGCCUUGGAUGUGGUUGCUAAAACGUGUACAUUUGUGGCUAUGUGUUUUGAAAAUAUAGGCAUUAUGAGAUAUGAAGAGUUUAUUUCCAUUAUAUUCAGAUUGGAUUACACCCAGCCACUUUCAGAUGAGAAUAUCACAGUGACUGAUACAGCAUUUGUUGACAUUCCAGUACGUCUGUAUUUACCGAAGAGAAAAUCAGAGGCUGUCAGACGAGCUGUAAUCUACAUUCACGGGGGAGCUUACUGUUUUGGAAGUUUCAAACAGCGGUCUUUUGACUUCCUGAAUAGAUGGACGGCAAACAAACUUGAUGCUGUUGUUGUGGCCCUAGACUACAGACUAGCUCCUCAGCACCUCUUUCCUACUCAGUUUGAAGAUAGCAUCGCAGUAGUGAAGUUUUUUCUUCAGGAUGAAAUUCUUACAAAAUAUGGAGUGGAUCCUGCCAGAAUCUGUAUUUCAGGAGACAGCGCUGGCGCCACAUUAGCAGCAGCAGUGACCCAACAGGUGCAAAAUGAUCUUAAAAUAAAGCAUAAGAUCAAGAUACAGACUUUACUGUACCCAUCCUUACAAGUAAUUGAUUCUUAUUUGCCAGCGCACAGAGAAAAUGAACAUGGUAUAGUUCUGACAAGGGAAAUAGCCAUAAAGCUCCUGAGCUUAUCUCUAACCAAGCAUGAAGGAUUUCCCCAGGCAAUGAAAAGAAACCAACAUAUGCCUCUGGAAUCAAGACAUCUAUUCAAAUUUGUUAACUGGAGUACUCUCUUACCUGAGAAGUAUAGAAAGGACCAUGUUUAUACUGAACCAAUUCUUGGGAGAUUUAGUUUGCCAGUGCCAGCACUUAUGGAUAUCAGAGCAUCACCCUUAUUAGCCAGUGAUUCUCAACUACAGAAUCUGCCUUCAACUUACAUUCUCACCUGUCAAUAUGACCUCCUCAGAGAUGAUGGACUCAUGUAUGUUACAAGACUUAAAGGUGUUGGAGUUCAAGUUGCUCAUGACCAUAUUGAAGAUGGUAUCCAUGGGGCUUUAUCAUUUAUGACAACACCAUUGUACUUAAACCUAGGUCUCAGGAUAAGAGAUAUGUACAUUAGUUGGCUGGAUAAAAAUUUAUAA